AGCCGCGGCGCCGCCAUGGAGGCCAAGGUCCGGCCGAGCCGGCGCUCGCGCGCGCAGCGAGACCGCGGCCGGCGUCGGGAAGCCGCCCGCGACGCCCGCGCGCAGAGCCCGUCGUCGGGUGACGAGCCGGAGCCCAGUCCUGGCAAGGAGAACGCGGGACUCCGCGGCGCGCCGCCUCAGCGCCCUACGCCCCUGCGCGCCGCGCGCCCCCCGCGGCGCCGUCGCCGCGAGUCCAGCUCGCAGGAGGAGGAGGUUAUUGACGGCUUCGCUAUAGCCAGCUUCAGCACCCUGGAGGCCCUGGAGAAGGAUAUGGCUCUGAAGCCACAUGAGCGGAAGGAGAAAUGGGAUCAACGCCUCAUCAAGAAGCCCCGGGAGUCAGAAAACUGCCCAUCUGCUGAGCUGAGUGAGAACAGGCAGCCCCUGGAGGUGGGCAGUCCGGGGCAGGAUGCCGAGCCCACUUGUGAUGAAGGGACUAGGAAGGUCCCAUUGCAGCCCUCCAAACAGAUGAAGGUCACCAUGGCCAGAGGGGGUGACCGGAACAGUGACGACGACAGUGUCCUUGAAGCUUCCAGCUCUCAGCAUAGCAGCUCCCGGGACCAGCUGAGCGAUAGCUCUGCACAGGCGGUUUCCGGGAGAGGCUACUCAUGCGACAGUGAAAGUGGCGUGGAUGACAAGGCAUCUGUAGGCUCUGAGAAGCUCUUUGCCCCGGCACCUGACAAAGGCUCUGGAAGAGGUGAGAAGUCAGAGGCCAAGGCGGGGGCAGUGCCUAAGGUGUCAGGCCUGGAGCGCAGCCGUGAGCUCAGCACCGAGUCUUUCCUGCCUGCCACAGCACCGGCGCCCUCAGGACCUCCGCCAGGAGCUCGGGCCAGCCCCCUGGUGAAGAGGGAAGCCCCCAUAGUACCUCACCACGUCCCGCAGCCACCGCUCACCCCGCAACAUCGCGGCUCACUCCCAACACACGUGCCUCUGUCCUUGGGCGCCUUUGUGGGCCCUGGCUCUGGCCAGGUGGCACCCAACAGCCUGCACCUGCACAGCCUCAGGAGCAGCAGCACGGUCAGCGGCACCCCUCUGGGCCUGGCGAAGCACGUGACACUGUCGCCACACGGCCCUGGCCCCCACCUGUCUACCUCACACCUGGCGCUCAGGUCCCAGGCGCAGCACCAGCACCACGCCGCAGCAAUGUUCGCUGCCCCCCCAACACUGCCCCCGCCCCCGGCAUUGCCUGCCAGCAGCCUGGUCAUCCCAGGACACCCCGCCGAUGCCAGCCUGUUGAUCUCAUUCAACCAGCCAAUCAUGUAUUGCCAGCCUCAUUCGGGGAUUCUGAUUGGUACUUGGUCACAGGCUCCUCUCUUACCUCCACCCCUGGGCCCGCACGUAGUGAGCGGCCACCACGGCUUGGCCUGCCGACCCCGGGAGUGCCAGUUUGACAAGUUCUCACCCAAGCUGGACAGCCCCUACUUCCGACAUUCCAACACUUCAAACUCAAUCGAGAUAACGGGCCGGGCCGGUGCGGUUCACACUUUCCUGCAGAAAGCCCCUGGGGUGUCUGACCCAUACCGGACAGCAGUCAGGAAACCAGGGAAGUGGUGUGCGGUACACGUGCAGAUCGCCUGGCAGAUCUACCACCAGCAGCAGAAGAUGAAGAUGCAGCUGGACCCCCACAAGCUGGAGGUUGGCACAAAGCUGGACCUGUUCAGCCGGCCUCCUGCCCCAGGCAUGUUCUCUGGGUUCCACUACCCACAGGACCUGGCCCGGCCCCUCUUCUCCAGCACAGGUGCCACUCAUCCAACCACCAACCCGUUUGGACCCUCAGCUCAUCAUGGCAGCUUCCUGCCCACUGGUCAUCUGACAGACCCCUUCAGCAGAUCCAGCACCUUUGGAGGCCUGGGGAGCCUGGGCAGCCACGCUUUUGGAGGUCUGGGCAGCCACGCACUGACACCAGGGAGCAGCAUCUUUGCCCCCAAGGAGGGCACAGCUUUGCUUGGCCUGCCCAGCCCCCAUGACGCCUGGAACCGGCUGCACCGGGCACCACCUUCCUUUCCUACCCCGCCCCCAUGGCCCAAGCCAAUGGAUACAGAGCGCUUCUCAGCCCUGACCAACCACGACCGAGAACCUGACAAGGGCCAGGAAGAGCAUGAGCGGGACCUCCUGGAGAAGACGCGCCUGCUGAGCCAUGGCUCGCCUGCAGCCGCAGUGGGCCACCCCAUCAGCAGCCUCCUGCAGCGGGGCCCCGGUGAGCUGGGCCGCCCUGGGAUCCUCACAGACCGCGAGGCUGAGCCUCGUGUCAAGGAGAGCCACUCACCUGGCAAAGAGGAUGGUGCCAAGCUGGCUGCACGACCUCCAUCGCCCUACUGCAAGGCAGCCCUGGGUGACUGCCUGCGCCUGGCAGGCCUGUUGGGUCGGGAGUCCGGGAAGCAGACGCCUGAGCGGCCCCAGGGCGACGUGAAGGUAAAGGAGGAACGCAGGGAAGACGAAACACCAGAGCUCACAGGCGUCAGCGUGCACUCCACAGCCACACAUCUGGGCCUGGGCACGUCGGGCUUCGUGUGGGACCCGCCGCGCGACACCUACCGGGGCCUAGAACUGCCGCGCCGCACCUUUCCCGCCCCGACGUCCGCUGUGGGCUCCGCUCCCUUCGAGCUCUCCGAGCGCGCCUACCGCGACCGCGAGCCUCACGACUACAGCCCCGACCGCCUGCGGGACGUGCGCCGGGAGGAGCUGGAGCGAGCCCGCGCGCCGGACCCAGACGCCUCGCUCUUGCCUGCGAUGCACUACCCGCGCCUGACUCCUGGCGCGCUGCACGGCGCACUUCUGGCCCGGACCCCGCCGGCUGCCGCCGCACUUGGUGCACCUCCUCCCCUGGUGGCUGCAGGUGGGGUGUCCACGCCACCCGCGCGCCCCAGGACGACGCCGCUGGCGCUCGGGCCUGGCGAGGCGCGCGACUACUCUCCCGCGACGUGCAACCCGCCCGAAGUGGAGGCGCGGUAGUCCCAGCGGAGUGGACUGGCUCACUUAAAUUCCUGGGACCUGAGCACAGUUCCCAGGAGUCCAGGAGCAACGCAGCUCGCUCCACGCUGCGGCUUGCUUGUGUAGUCGAGGACCUUACGCUUUUCUGGGGGUGACUUCAUUUUCCGAGCUUGCGAUUAGGUCACUGGGAAAAAUUUAGCUUUGUACCUCCCCACCUCUCCCCCAGGUGACAAGCAUUUUUAAUGGUUUUGUAUUUUUCUUAAUUUUGUGCUCUAACGACAUUUUAAAGAACCAAAAAAAGAAUUUUUAGUUGGGAUUUACAGUUUCACUUCUCAGAUCCCAUUUGAGCCCCAGAGUUUGUCUUAUUUAUGGAAAGAAACGGUCUUUCUGUCCAGCGCACUGUGAGGCUCCGCACUCAGGCCCGGCCCUGGCCUUCCCUUGGUACUUGGAACCGAAGUUACAGAUAUAUAUUAAAAUAAUAAUUAAUAAUAAUGUACAAAACUUUGGGUUUUCUGCCUUAUUCUAUUAUGCAUAGGUGUAAGAGGAUUUCUUUGGUUUGUUUUUUAGAAAAAAAUGUAAAUAUUCUGUUGAUAUAAUUAUAAAACUUAUUAAAUUCUUAACCUGGACAGUCUAUAACAAGUUUCUAGAAACCCCUCUGGUUAUUUGUGUACGUGGUCACAAAAACCCACUCGGGCAGCAGAGUAACUGCCGCGUCUAUCCUUCAACUAUGCAAGCCUCGGAGGCAAGACAGGAUGUGUAGGGGGAGACAGCGUCUGGGCUUCCUGGAGGGUGGUUGGACCUCCCAGAGAGCCACACUUCUGGGCAUCUGCUUAGACUGAAGCAGAUUUCAGGACUUAUCCUAGUUACGAGGACAAACCUGUGCCCAUGUGCUAACCUUAGUGCAGUGUUCUCUGGAUCUGUGUAAGCCAGACAGAAUCUCAGAAGUUGGUUCCAAGAAAAAGGUUCGUUUUCUUCCUCCUGCGCCCCAGCACCUGUCUGGGGGCUGCCCUCCCCGCCCCCGCCCCACCACUCAGCCUGUCCAAGCAGCUCCUUGGCUUUGGUUUUGCAUUCAGACCCUCUCAAGCUUUUUCCAAGUGUUGUCAGCUGUCCUUUUUGGUUUCCUGACCACCGCUUUUAUGCGGAAUCAACAUACAGCAGCCCCGUCUGCUUUGUUUGGUCCCUUCCUGCUGGCCCUGUGUUUCCACCGUGGACUCUGGUUAUUUUAAACAGUCUGUUUUCAUGUCAAUCAACAGUGAUAAAUACAGCCUUGAUUUGGAAGAAA